AGGAAGUAUGAAGCCAACAUUGACAUAAUUAAUCCAGAUACUGAGCUUGGGUAAGGAUCUUUUUUAAGCUUACCUUUGACCAAAAGUCUGUAAUUGCAAUUAUUUAAACUUGAAUUAUAUUUUUCGUUCAAUAUCUUCUGAUUAUUAUUGAUGCUAGCGGAUACAAAAUGAACCAUCCAACAUGAAUACAAAGGAAGCUACAGAUACAUGAUUUCUUGUGCCCGAACCAAUAGCAAUAAGUCAUAUAUUAUUUGAAAGGUAUUUUCAGCUAAAAUAAAAUGAGUUAUUCAUAUUUUUUCAAUCCAUUUUCCGAUUGGAGCAUUGCUACCUUGAAGGCUAAUGCUUUUUAGUAUAUUGUAUAUGUGUUUCUAUAUCAUUGCUUAAUACUUUUUUGUAUUCGGUUAUUUCCUACAAGGAAUUUAUGUCUAUCAUAAACUAUCAGAUACAGUCAUCCAAACAAACUAAUGAUAUGUUGCCUAACUGCUGAUCUGCUGUACUAUAAAUCGUCGUGACUGACUACCAGAAACUCGCGAUUUAGCUCUAUCUGAUAAUUUCAUGGCCUACCCUGUUUUUCUGGAAUAACAUAAGUUUGGCAAAGUCAUUGUAUGACAUACACAUUUUUGAAGUCAGAAUUAAAAACUCUUCAUCUGAGCAAAAAUCCUAUUUAGCGUCCAUUAGAAAAAAUAAAGUUGAUGGUGAAGCCGUCAUAUUGAAAUGAAAAAAGUAGCAACGUUGACGUGCAAUCUAUUUUAAAAUCCCACCAAAAAUAAAGUUAGGAAUUUUUUUUGGGAAAAUGUUUUUUCGGCCUCUCCCCGAAAGUACUUUGAAUUUUUUGAAUCGGCGUUUCGUUAUUUACGCAAGUUUGCAUGAAAAUAGCUUUUUUAUUUCUUUGUCUAAAAGUAACCUACAGGUAUAUACGCAAAAAGUGUGUUGCGGAUGUACUGAUAAAUGUGAGUUCCAAAUUCAUGAAAGAUCAUGGGCGUUCUUGGAAAAUGUCCAAAAUGUCCGAGUAAUAAUUUAAUUUUGCCAAUCCUUCCUUUGCAUUGCAUAUAUCGCAAAACGGAUAGUGUAGUCACAAUUUUCACAUUAAUAAUUCUAACUACCUGGACUAAUUCUUCUUGCUAGUUGGUCUGGGUAUCAGAAUGCUCAUGCUCCUCUCAUGUAUGGAUGCAAACUGAUAAUUGUCUGCUGUCAUAAAUCCAGUUAGUUGUCUACGCUUUGCUUUUUUUUGUCAUGGAAGUUGCAUGCGUAGCACAAAAAGAUUUGCCAGAAGAAACAAUUUGGACUAAUGUCUAAAUCUACUUCUCACGUUAUUCGAAUACAUAUAAUGGGUACUUCAUGGAUUUUUACGAUGUCGUAAUGUUUGCACGCUCAUGCUAUUUAUUGUUUACAGGAAUAUGGACGAUGACGAUGUCUUCGAAAAAAUGAUCAAUAAGCUCAUCAAUAACAAGAGAGGAGAGUUCUUUCAAGAGAAUUUCGAAAUUGACGAUGACAGGAAGUACGAAAAGAUCGACGUGCCAGAUUUCAGAGAUGGCCGUAGCGGCAGGUUCAUUCACGAUUUCAACACCAACAUCACCGGUAUCAUUGAUGUCUCAGGACGCAGGUGCUUCGUGAUGCCUCUCAACCGCGACAAUACCCUGCCACCAAAAUCCUUGUUCGAUCUGAUCCAUAAGAUGUGGGAGGGGUACUACAAGGUGGACACCGAGGUAGUUAGAAAAUCGAUGAAGGUGGUGUUGCCGCCCAUCAGCGACAGCAAGACUAUCGGCAACUACAUCGCCAAUGAGUGCAGCGGUAUGCCCAUCUACAAGCUGGAAAAAUUCGUUGGUGGAGUUGUGAAAAGGUCAGCUGAUCUUCACUCCGAGGCCAAGUUUGCUCAAUUUGCUGGGAAGGGUAUCACAGAGUUUGAUAUCAUGAACUUUGAUGAUGUUCUAGCGUAUGAGAAGCAGAACAGUCAUUAGAAUAUUACAAUCUUAGAGUAAAUAUAUAUCAUAUAAUAUAGUUGAGCCUUUCGAUGAAUCGUUUCUAUAUGCUUUAUUCCCAAAUUGUUAUGGUGUUUUCCCUUAUAAACUAUACCUUUCUGAAUAUAUAUACAUAUAGUAGACGUAUGAUAGUCACUACUCAUAUUAAUUGAAAUAGUGUAUUAAAUGUAAUUGAAAAUCGUGUAAUUGCAUGUAAGAGCCCUGUACUUUUUUUAAAUAUAUAGAAAUUUUUUGGUUUCA